AUGGAGACGUACAAGCAGAGGGAGAUGGAAUUUGAAAAGAAACUACAAUCAAAGGAUCUGCGUAUCGAAACAAUGGCUGAAAAUUUACAGGUGACAGAAGAGAAGGCAAGACGUCAGGUUGAACAACUUAAGCGUGAGACCUUGAAGCUGAGAACCAAAAUUCAACUAGAAAGUGAGAUACGAUCAGCAGAGCAGAAGAAGAAAGCAGAGACAUAUCAAUGGAGUUUCAUUCCCUGGAUGGCUUCUGGAACACAAGCUCAGAGUGGCACAUCAUCAUCUGAGCAUAAUUCAACCGGAGGACUGGGGAGUGAUACAAUACAAGCAGGAGAGGAGCCCCCAGAUGAUGAGUUUGCAGGCAUAUUACAGCAGAUAGCUGACGACCUUUACGAUGAAGCCAAGAUCGACAGCCUUGCUGGUCAGCUGGGAAUCCUACAUGGUGAUAUACAGAGAGCGCUCAUGACCAAUGUGAAGUUCAACCGUGUUACCAGUGAUGGAACUCGUCAUAUGCUGAAACAAUGGAGAGAAGGUGUGUCCAGGGAAGAUGAACGGAUUGAGCUCACGAAGGCACUGCAAGCUGCCAAGUUGGUCAACCUUGCAGACCUGUAUCUCAGCGGAGGUGUAGUAGAAGAACAGAUCGAUGCUGAAUAUGAUAAAGAAGAUGUCAAUGAUGAGCAGCUCUCUGCUAGAGAUGAGACCUCUCUAAAAGAGGACCAGACCAAAGGACACACUGACACCCAGGUCCUUCAGGAAGCUACAGCAAGUAACGACCACACUCCUCGAGAUGGGCAUACAGGAGACAUGGCUUCCAAAACCCAGGAUGACUUGACAGAUGGAAGUAGGAGUCAACAUCCCGACAAAUCACCGGAGAGCAGUAGACAGAACUUGGAUGCAUCUGAAGUGACUUCUGAAGACAUGUCCACUGAAGAAAUUCACGCUGGUGAUGAUAUGACCAAUGUAAGUAGCAUUCAACCUGCUGACCAAUCGUCCAGUCAUGACAUGCAAGUCCUACCUGAAGAUUUAUCUGAGAUAGCCCCUCUGGUAUCUUCUGGUGGAAAACCCGACGAGGAAUCCACCAUCUUGGAAGAAGAAGAUCUGAUUUCUCAACUCGUUCUCAUUGAUCCAUUCCCGGAGAAAAUAAUGCUCCUUUUCCUCCUAAAGAUCAUAAUGGAUGUUCCCCAGACAGCAUUCAGCUUAUAAGGAAUAACUAGAGAACCUUCAUCAAGCCAAGUUUACUACCAACAAACUAAUAGCUUGCGACGUUCCAGGUUCGCUCAUGGAUGCUUCAUCGGGCCGACCGGUCUCUGUUGGUAUAGUCGGCCUGAUGAAGCAUCCCGCAGUGGACGUAAGGCGUCGUAAGCGGGAAAUUUAGUUGAUUUAUUUAUAUUGCAUUUUACAUUUGAUGAUACAUGUAUUUCUAAACAUACUUUGUUCAUAUUUUAUUGUAAAACAGCAUUUGAGGAACUAAACACUUUAACAAGCUCUACUUCAAGUUAAUU